CGAUACAGUUUCGACGUGGUGAUUUUAAUGUGCGGACCAAUUACUGGCUCAUACAAUCGACGCAGUAAUAAUAAACAUGAUAGUGCGAGCAGAUCUUCCUUCGAGCGGUGGUGCAGAUUUUAGUGGUACGUAAUUGUGAAUAUAUUUUCCCCGUUAAUUUACGAAACUUAAACGGACGUAAAUAGCUGGCAGAUAUAAAAAAGUACGGGAUAAGUUGUGCAAUGAAACUCCCGACUCUUCCACAAAAUUGUUCGAAACGAAUCACAUGUACUUUCUAGUUGAAAUUAAUUUUGGUCUGACGGCCAUAAGCCGGGACUGGUUUGGAGUCAUGGAAAUUUAACGACACGGACUUGCGUCUAUGUAAAACAAAAAAAAAGGAAAAAAGUUAAGAAAAGGUAAUAAUUCAUUACAGACCAGAUAAAGCGGCUUAUAACUAAAACCGACAUCGACUCAUCAAAGUUUUGGAAUACCAGUGCGACGGUGAAGAUAAAUCGUUGAGGCUGCAGAGGUGUACAAAAGUGAAUAAUAAUAAUAAUAAGAAGAACAAUAAUAAUGAUGAUAAUGACCAUAAACUAAUGACGUAUAUUUCUCGGUAAAAUGUAAAGUGAACGAGUGACAGUGCCGCGUGGACGAUUAACGAUCCACCCUUAAGUGCAUAUAGUCAUAAAUAAAUCAAUGCCAAAUAAACUUUUUGAAAGAAAAGACGUAAUUUCAAGUUGAAUAUUAAAUUUAAAGAAAAAUGAAAUUGAAAAUAACCCAAGGUGUUGGGUUAGUGGUGGUGGUGCUGCUCAUAUUGCCGCCAAUGAAGGCGGCAACUUUUCGAGAUAUGAUACUACAGCUAUUUAAAACAGUAAGGGACAGUGAGAUUAGUAUAGUUUAUCCAGACGUCAGUGACGGAGUGAGGAGGCAACCGAGGUUCGCCAAACAAAUACCGUUUCCAUGCGACAUCAGAGGAGGCAGAUCAGCCUCGAGACCUGACAGCGUUCAUCGUCUGCGGCCUGGUGACAUUGACGUGGUCGGCGCCCUGGGCGACUCUCUGGUUGCGGCGAAUGGUGCCAUGGAGGAAUAUGCACUGGGGACCUUCAUCGAGGCGAGAGGGGUCAGUUGGUGCGCAGGGGGUCAGGGUGACUGGAGGCAGUUCCUGACGUUGCCCAACAUAAUGAAGGAGUUUAAUCCUAAUUUGACAGGCUAUUCAACGGGAAACGGAGAGUUUAUAUCGAAGCAAGCAAAGCUCAACGUCGCAUUUCCCGUCGCUGCUACCGAGGACGCUCUUCAUCAGGCCAGAAUCCUUGUACGAAGGAUCAAAAAUGACCCUAGCAUCGACAUGAAGAGAGACUGGAAGCUCAUUACAAUUUUCUUUGGUGCAAACGACAUUUGUUCCGCCCGGUGUUACAAGCCGGACCAAUUCUCGCCCUCCCGACAUGCUCUGCAUUUGCGCCGCACGUUGGACUACCUGAGGGCCACAUUGCCGCGGACUCUCGUCAACCUCGUUCCGGUAUUAGAUGUCACCGUGUCCAUAAGAGUCCCAACGAGUACAAUGUGCAACAUAUUGCAUCCGUUGUACUGCGCCUGCAUGCACGAAGGCAACGAGCCGGACAUUACCGGGUCUGUCAUGUCCCGACAGUAUCAGCAGGCGGCGGAAUCUUUGGUGCUAUCUGGAAGGUACGAUACGACGCAGGAUUUUACGGUCGUGUAUCAGCCAUUCACGGAACUGUUCAACGCGCCUAAUUCUAACCCUAGGAAUUCCGAGGUCCUCGAUCAGACUCUAGUCACCUACGACUGUUUUCAUUUCAGUCAAAAAGGCCACGCUCUUGGAGGAAACCUACUGUGGAACAACUUACUGGAGCCUGUCGGCAAUAAAACUGAUAAUGGAAAGCCGAGAAUCAUGGAGAGGCUUAUGUGCCCAUCGACGAAGACUCCUUACAUAUUUACGAACGUUAAUUCGAGGUUUUAUUACGAGACUGGAAACCAAGAAGGAAUCGCACCAAGAUAGCGCGUUAAAAGGGGCAGAAUUAGCUAAUUAAUUUACCUACUGAGAACCUCGGUUCAUUCUCUGAUGAUCGAUUUAUCCAGAGUUUUGUAUUAUUGUAAAUAUUUUUCUAAAUACUCACCCGUAUACAGUCGUCAAAUGCUCUUCACAGAGGUUUAAUAUUUAAGCCUUUGAAUACGUUAGAUUAGUUUGAGUUACGACUAUAUAGAGAGUUAUUUCAAUUUUCGUCAAUACAGAAAUUACCUUGGCAGCGGUGUGAUAUUAUAUUGAAAAUCAUACGAUCAAAUUGAAUUGUACAAAUGUAUUUUCUGUACGUUCUACGGGAAUGAAUAUUAUUUUUUGUACGUUUCCAUGUAUAACUGACAGUAAUUGAUGUCGAAUGAACGUUGAAAUACCAAUUGCUGAAGUUAUCGAGUCUUUUGAUAUCAUACCGUAUUUUCUGCAAUCGAUUUAAUGUGCAUAAUAUGCGUGAAAAUAUAAAGGUCCAAUCUGAGAAACAUCGCCGAAAUUUGU